AUGGAAAGCUACCUUUCAUUUGGAAACCACCAUCAGCUUGGCUUGCUACCCCACCAAUCCCUUCACAAGCUUUCAAAGAAGCAUGGACCUCUCAUGCUUCUAAAACUCAGUCAAGUUCCCACUCUUGUGGUUUCAUCUUCUCAAAUGACUAAGGAUAUCUUGAAGACUCACGAUCUCAAUUUUACAAACAGACCAAUUCUUAGAGCUGCUGAAAUUUUGCUUUAUGGAAGCUCGAGCAUGGGUUUCUCACCUUAUGGUGAACCUUUUGGAGGAAUUGAAGAAGAACCAUUAAACAUGAGCCAAGUGUUGUACUUCUUCACUAAUGACAUGCUUUGCAAGGCCAUUUUAGGUAAGUUCUCCAGAGAAGAAGAUAGGAACAAGCUAUUUCAUAAAAUGAUAGAAGAGAACGUUCGUUUGCUAAGUGGUUUUAAUUUGGUGGAUUAUUUCCCUUCACUUGGAUGGUUAAACUCACUACUAGAUUUGGAUAAGAGGGCUAAAAGGAAUUUCAAUAAAUGGGAUGUUGUUCUUAAUCAGAUCUUUCAGGAACAUGGGAUGAUUGAUGAAAAAGUAAAAGAUGAUGGCUUUAUGGACAUUUUGCUAUCAAUUUAG